AUGGUGCAAGCACAGUUUGUCAAGAAGGUCAAGCUCGUCCGACACGACGGAGCUCGCGAGUUUGCUACGAACUCGCUUCAAGAUUUCUACGAGGAUGAAGGCAUUGAACAACAGACUACGGUGCCGUAUGCACACCAGACCAACGGAACAGCAGAGCGCGCCAUUCGGAUCGUCACGAUCGGCCGCAGCAUGCUUCACCAUGCCAAGUUGGAUAAGUGCUUCUGGGCUGAAGCAGCAAUGACGGCCAUCUACGUCAAGAAUCGCCUACGUUCAUCUAAAGUUGUGCACAAGACCCCGUUUGAGAUCGUGUACAACUCCAAGCCAAGUGUCAAGCACAUGCGAGUAUUCGGCUGUCAGGUUUACAUACUGACUCCGAAGGAGAAGCGACUCAAGUGGGAUCCCAAGGCUCGCACUGGGAUAUUCUUGGGCUACGAAGAAGCAUCCAAAGCGUGUCGUGUUUAUGACAUCGAGGCGGGGCAGGUGGUCAUCAGUCGCGAUGUCAACUUUGACGAGUCCGCCUUUGGACUUUCGCCGCCAACCACCGCUGAAGACGCCGAUGACAUUGACUUCGACUCCCUCGAUCUGGAUGAUGAAGCGCCAGGUCAAGCGCAGUACAAGCAAACAGGCAAGCGCAAGAGUCGUCCCCAUGAUGAAAGAGUACCAGCUCCACCCACGCGCACAGUGCGUCAACGGCCCGGACUAGAAGAAUCAAGUGCGCCAGACGGGGGAACACCAUUUCUCUACAUAAAAAUUGUGGAAGGGCAAUGCGUGCUGCUGCUGGUGUAUGUGGAUGACGUGUUGAUCACCGGUAGCUCAUGCGAGCUAAUUGCACGCACCAAGACCGACCUGAAGACACGAUUCGAGAUGACUGACAGCGGCAAGUGUAUGUGGAUGACAUACUCAAGCGCUUUGGCAUGGAUGAUUGCAAAGCCGUCAAAAAUCCAGUCGACAAUGAGCUCUCGACUUGUUUCAAGUGAUGCAGCCACCAAGGUGGAUGCUCCGUUUCGCGAAGCGGUUGGUGCUUUAAUGCAUUUGAUGACUGCAACGCGCCCAGAUAUUGCGUUCGCCAUGGGCUAUGUGUCGCGAUUCAUGAGGAACCCCCAAGAAGGAUACUGGGUUGCAGUCAAGCGCAUCUUCCGCUACCUACUAGGCACCAAGAUGCACGGAAUCUGCUACAAGCCAAAUGCGAAGAUCGGUUUUCGUUGCUACUCGGAUGCAGACUGGGCCGGUGACCUCGCUGAUCGCAAGUCGACGUCUGGUUACGUAUUCAUGCUGUUGGGUGCGCCAGUGAGCUGGGGCAGCAAGAAACAACCAAGUGUUUCGUUGUCAACGAGUGAAGCAGAAUACAUUGCACUCAGUUUGGCAAUCCAAGAAGGCAAGUGGAUUCAUCGUCUGCUUUGUGAGAUGAUGAUGGCUGCCGAUAAAGAAGGACCAGAACUCAUGAUCCAUGAAGACAAUCAGUCGUGUAUCAAGAUGACGAAGAACCCGGUCAACCACGGCCGUGCCAAGCACAUUGACAUAAAGUAUCAUCACAUCCGUGAUGAGGUCAAGCGCGGUGAAGUGAAGCUCAAGUACUGUGAAACUUCGGUGAUGUUAGCGGACAUCAUGACGAAGGGACUUCACGGGCCACACCACAAGGAGAUGACGGCGACUCUCGGGAUUUGUGCGUGUUCGCAUUGA